AUGAAAGCACCUGAAAUACUCAAAUUGACUUCGACCAUUGUCCUUGAUGCUGCAUCUAGCGGAAUCUUUGAAAUAGUCAAGUUAUGUCUUGAGCAUUCUCCGGAGUUGAUGUGGAAUAAACAAUUCACAAAAGAACUGAUGAAAGAAAUUGUGAAGGGAAGGCAUGUUGAGUUAUUUAGACUAAUGAAUGGAUACAACACAAUCCCAAAUUUGAGGUACGAUAUUCAGAGGAAUUGCGACCUGAUGGCGGCACUAGUAGAAUGGUCCCCAGGAUAUGUACCAACAGAUGUUUCUGGAGCAGCUUUUCUUAUGCAAAGGGAACUUCAAUGGUUUGAGGUGCUGGAAGAUAAGAGUCCUCCUUUGAUAAAAAGUCUAAAAUUUGAGGUAAAAGAAGAUAAGAGCAGUCCUUCUAAAAGUCUGGAAUUGAAAGAAACAAAAGAAAGGAACGGGAAGACAUACUGGGGAGUUUUUGUAGAACAGCGAAAAGAUUUGGUCAAAGAGGCGGGGCAAUGGAUGAAGGAGACGUCAUCAUCUUGUAGCGUCAUAUCAACCCUCAUCUUUACAGUAGCUUUUACAAUACCUGGAAGCAACGAUAGGGGUAACCCAGUCUUUCUAAAAAGGGACUCAUUCUUGGUAUUUACCGUUGCAAAUGCUUUAUCUCUCUUCUCCUCUGUCACCGCCACCUCGAUGUUCUUAGCUAUCCUAACCUCACGCUAUGCCGCAGAAGAUUUUCUUCAUUCACUACCAAGCAAAAUGAUACUGGGCCUCACUUUUCUCUUCCUCUCUUUCGUCUUCAUACUCGUGGCUUUUGGCUCUGCUCUUGUGAUUGUCCUAAGUGAACAAUGGAAGUGGAUUUACAUCCCCAUUACUUUGUUGGUGGUCAUCCCUGUCAUAUUGUCUGCAAUACUAAAGCUUCCCUUGUAUGUUGAAAUGGUUGAAUCCACCUAUUGGCCUCGCCUCUUCCGUCCUGUGAAGAUUUGGAAAUGA